GAGACAAUCUACAACUCAGAAUAGUAUCAAGAAAGGCCAUUUCUCAAGGAGGAACAAUCUUCACAAUGUACAACGAACAUCCAUCUUAAAAUUUAAGAACUCAACAAGAACAUGCUCCUCUGCAUUUCAUGCUGAGCCAACCAGCAACUAUGCCGACUCCGACAAAGUCCGAGGUGGAGGCAUCCGCUGAACAGCCACGACGACGUUCGCGCUUGGAGAUAACUCCGUCCAGUGAUGGUGGUUGGAGCAUUGUUUCUUAUGAAGAACGCCUGGUAAUCAAAUGUAAUUCACCCUCGAGCAGGGCAUUGUCUCGUAUGAGCAACUAGAAAACCUACUCGUCUUAUGAAGAAGUAGCAGUAGGUCUAGACAUCUUCUUGAGAAGAUAUAAGAUAUAAGAUAUAUCAGGAUUAUAGCGAUGAGUAGUUUGUUCUGGAAUGAUGUGAUCAAAGAAGUACUAAUAUUUGUUCGCAUGAAGGUUGAGAAAAAUCAUUUCAGACGCACUGAUGACGAAGUAAGGAACUUAAUCUAAUUCCCCAGACUUCACGCGGGAGAGCGCGUUUUACACGCUCUCCCGCGUGAAGUCUGGGGAAUUAGCUGAAGUUCUAAGAGAUGCACAUGGAUUCAGACCGUCAGCACGUGCCUCUUGCUCUCUUCUUGCUCUCUAUUUGCAUAGAAGGCUCUAGAAGUAGGUUGCUAAUCAACAAUUACUAUUUACUAAAUCAAGUUGGAAUAAGUCACUUCCCUACGUCGUUGUACCAUCUAUUAUUGAAGAUCGAAUUAUAGAUACUUCAACUUUUUACACAAGAGCAAUCACUUUGACGAAGUAAGGACUAAAUGGUGCAGUCUCCACCUUGAUAAUAUAUAAUACCAAUCACUGAGGAAAUAAGUGAUGAUAAGAGAGCACGAGGCACGUGCUGACGGUCUGAAUCCAUGUGCAUCUCUUAGAACUUCAUCUAAUUCCCGAGACUUCACGCGGGAGAGCGCGUUUUGCACCAAGAUUUGAAGUACCUGGGUCAAUUAGACACUGGCAGUUUCGGGGCGAUCUAUCGCGCCCUCCUCAAUGGGAGGCAAGUGGCAGUAUUUCUGAGUAGUACAACACUUUCUUGAACGUACAAUGGGAGGCAAGUGGCAGUAUUUCUGAGUAGUACAACACUUUCUUGAACGUACAAUGGGAGGCAAGUGGCAGUAUUUCUGAGUAGUACAACACUUUCUUGAACGUACAUUCUUGAUGUUGUAUCUAGUUAAUAGUUUUUUAGAGUCUGUUGAGUAGUAGUACACACACUUUCUUGGUAGUUCAGAGUCUUCUGAGAGAGUAGUGUAUACAACACUUUGCUUUUUGAGUUCCGAAGUACUUCUACAGUAGAGUCUGAGUUCUCCUGACCGGAGUGUACGUACUAGUUUGCCGAACUUAAGUUGGCUGCAAGUUUUUGGAGCCUCGCAACAUUGCAACUCGGAGCAAUAUCAAUUUUCUCCUAUGUAUUCACACAGGUAAAGGAAUGUCUCGUAACCUCCAAACCGGAAGGAAAACGUCUAGGGAUGACGAGCGAGCAAUUGGAAACUUUCAGACGCGAAUUAGACGCCUACAGCGAGAUGCAGCGCAGUCCGCAUGCAAAUUACGACUUUGAACUUCUAGUAGUUGAAGUGCUGGUAGUUGAAGUGCUGGUAGUUGAAGUGCUACUUUAGCACUUCUAGUAGUUGAACUUCUAGUGCGUAAUUGAAGUGCUACUGUGUGUAGCUUCUAGUUGCUAUAUGCCUAUUUGGGAUGCACAGAGUAGAAUUCUAGUUGAAGUUUGAGAAGUUGAGCUUCUAAUCUUUUACAACCAUGUACAUGAGAUGUUGUAACAUUUCCUAGCAACUCAUGUACUCAAACUUAUAGCGGUUGCAUCUCAGACCCAGACGAUUCCCUUCCGGUUUGGUCACGAGACAGCCAUUCACAUGAGUUGCAUCCGCAUUAUUCACUUUCACAUUCUUUUUUCCUUUCACAUUCUAAUACUCCCUUUCACAUUCUAAUACUUCCUUUCACAUUCUAAUACUCCCUUUCACAGUCUUCCUCGGCUCCUUUCACAUUCUAAUACUCCCUAGUGACCUACAUCGGCUGCAUGGUGCCGUCCAAUGACCACAGGGACCAACUGCGGAUUGGACUAGUUAUAGAACUCGUCGACGGUGUAAGCAUGUACAAGCUUUGCACCCUGAGAGGCGAUAGAUCAUCAGCAGAGUUAUGAUGCAGAUCAUCAUUAUGCUUGAGUGUGUACUUAAAUCAGCAACAGAGUUAUGAUGCAGAUCAUCAUUAUGCUUGAGUGGUGUGUACUUAAAUCAGCAACAGAGUUAAGAUUAUUGUUAAACGAAUUAGUUUUUAUUAUGAAAGUCAUGGGAUUCUUUCACCUCCACGUUGCAUACUAGAGUUGCUUCCAGCUUGACGUCGUUCAGCAGACUCUCGCUCCGUGGCGCUUCUUUGGGUCACAGUAAUCUAAUUGGCUUUGUUCCGCAUGUAAUCUGAUGUGACUCCCGCUCCGCGAUAAUAAUUCAAUGUUACGUUCUACUUCUCCGCAAUAAUUUGAUGUUAGUGCUACUCCUCAAUAAUUUGAUGUUAGUGCUACUUGUUCUCCGCAAUAAUUCGUAGACGAAAGAGAAGCGAGUCCGCAAUUGCCUUCGAAUGGGAGACAUCCGUUCUCUCGCGAAGAGCGACUCAGUUUACUCGAGCAACUGGCUAG